CCGAUUAGGAAAUCUCUCCACCUUGCCACCUUGCUUCCACAGAGCGGUUUACGCUGUUGCUGCUAAGUAAUAUCUGACAUAACAAGGAAAAAUGCCGAGAAAGAAAAAAGCUGCAGAGGAUGAAGAGGAUGAAGUUUACCACGUCGAGGUUAUCACGAAGGCUCGAGUUAGUGAGGAGGGGGGUUGGGAGUACCUCGUAAAGUGGGCAGGAUACGACUCGGACGCGGAUAGUUGGGAACCUGCAGAAAAUGUCAAGCAAUGUGACCGUCUACUCGGCAGUUUCUGGAGGCAUGUCGGAAUAGACGACGAAGACUAUGCUAUUGGGUAUGAAGUGGCUGCGCGGAAGGAAUGGAUUAACAAAGAAAAAAAGUACUUCGCAGACACAUUCGUCAAACCUGCAGAUACGAAAAAGACAGAAAAAGAGACCAGAAAGAAAGAUGAUAAACGGAAGCCGCAGGUAACAGCCUCGAAGAGUGACUAUAGUCAUUCGGAUAGUUCAGACGAUGUUCCUUUGUCCAAGGGCCUUCCCAAAAGACGAAGGGUCACUCAUUCCAAGUCUAACCCCAACACGGAUGCCGAUAAGUCGCUCCAUCCCCCACCAGUGCUGGGAAAGCCAGGCGCCCUUUCGAGCAGCACGUCGAACGCGUUAAAAUCGCUAUCCUUCAAGAAAAGCAAACCACAAGUCCCUGCUAUUCAAGCGAAGGAUUACACGAAGUUAGCUAGUACAAGCGCAGCACCACCUCCGCCACCCACCAGUGGGACUGACAAAGAAGAUACGGCAGAUGAUUCAUUUAGUUCCCUCCCGGAGGACAUACCAAUCUUUGAGCCAGCUACAGAACCUUCGGAGCAACUCAUGGCAGAAGAUUUCUUGAAAACAAUUGACAUUCCUGCUCUUAGUGCACCAAUAUUGGAAUCUGAGAGUACACCUGGCUCUGUCGUCAUGCAGAAAAUCACAGCCACCAUAGCAGGCCCUCUGAGGAUACCAAAGAAGUGGAAGUGGUCAGGAGAUUUGUUCAUCAGUACAUCUGACAGGGUUGAGCUAUUGUGCAACAUCACCAUCAAAAACCCCACUGGUUCUGGUGACAGCUCCUCUAUCAGCAUGCUGAUGUCACAGAUGGACAUGUUACAGAUGUCCAAACUCUACCAUGUCUCUGAACUUUGGCCACUGCUUCGAGCAUGUAGCAAACCUCAAUACUUUGCACAACUUGAAUCUACACAACUCCAAGAUCAAGUGCUCAUACAAGGUUUGAUGCACUAUAUGACCCAUCAGCAGCAUGUAGCAAUGAUAGUCCUCUCCUUGGAUCAAAAUGAAGUUGCAGUGCUUGUGGUAUUUCCAGCUGCAUUUGUCACCAUGAUCAAGCUCUUGCAGGUUCCUGAUGACCAGGUUGUUGAGGGAUCACUGCAGGUUGUGCUUAUACCCUUCUUAAUUCCUCUGCCAUUGCUGGUGAAGAUGGGGAAUAGAGCCAUUCAAGGCAUCCAAACCCUGUCCCUACCACCUGGGAAGCUUCAUUCCCUUCACAAGAAGCCCCUCAUUUUCCAAGCAAUUGUCUGCCUUGGGUUUCCUGCUAGUUUGCUGGAAUUCUUGGACAUUCCAAACAGAACCUAUGCAGUUUGGUUUUCUUCCUCUGACUGUGGCCAGUCAACCUCUGGAUUGGAAACUGCACUCCUCCAGCUUGUUCUGGGAGCUACAAAAAGCACACUGUCCAAUGUGAAGGAUGAUGUUCGAGUGGUUUUCAUCCACAUUGGCUCUCUGUCAAGGAUCCAAGCCUUGCCAUCUGUUGUCACCAAGCUAUCUGAAUUUCCAGAAACCCAAUUCUUCACAUAUGGAACUCACCCUAGUGUGGAUAGUCAAAGGUGGGGUGUCCAUGAGAUUUUCCCAUUGGGUGGAGUUGUGAGCUUUACACCAGCUGUACUGGCUGAAGAACCAGUGCAAUGCUACCAAAUGAUGCUCAAGAUUUCUGAACAUCCAAUUUGGGAUUGCUUUAUCACUCCAAAUGUGCUGGCUGCAAGCAACCUCCUUGCCAUGUCAUGUAGCUCUUCAAGCAGUUCAUCAUACCUGGACCCCAUUCUAGAACUCAUUGAUUCUGGCCAAGUAUCCCUGAUCAGGUUCCCUGGUGGUGGUGGCAGCAGCCAGCUAUGGCUACCAUUUGCUGUCAAGGAGCAUGCUCUUGCAGGGAAUGAGCUACUUGAGGCCUGUUCUGCAGGUUUCAGUGGUCAGAUGGACAUGCCAGACUUACCUGGACCUAUGCUCAGAUCAGGGAUUAAUAAUGAGCUUGUUCAGGAUAUGGCCAAAAUUCAGCAACAACCUCUCGUUACGGAUAAUUACCGAAGAUUUGUAAUUAUAAAGGCAUCAUCGGAAACUGACAUACCCUAUGACAAGGAUGGGUUCGAGUGGCAUUCCCUUGGCUCGUUCACUUUCAAAGAUAAUUUCUUCGAGGAUUAAGGACCUGUAAGACAAUUGUAACUAAUAGGGCACAGUCAAACCAACUUUGCCUACAUAGGCCAACUCCAUACAUCAUUACCAAUCUUUAAAUCUGUGAAAGACGGUGCGAUCAGUUAGGUUGUGUCCGAACUCACUCAAUUUGCAUUCCACCCGAUGUCGUCAUGGAAAGUUUUCACGAAGCCCCUCGACGUGUACCCACACCUGAAACCUGACAAGAUACAAAGUGAGGGACGUGAAGAAAAUCACGAAGCCAAAACAACCACCGCCGUCCAAGUGGUUAUACAUACGGGCAAACCUUCCUAAUGCUU